AUGUUUAUCUAACCACCAAGUAUAGAGCUAGAACUUUUUUCACCGGAACUUAAGAAUAAAGAUGGCUAAAGAAAGUUAAAGAAACAUAAAAGUUUUAUGAGUAAGCAAAUAACUAUUAUUGAUAAUACUUAAAUUACGAACUAAAGUAAUAAUUAAAGUUCUUAUAUGGAGGAAAAGUAAAGUGUAAGAAAAAUAGCCAUGGAUAAAGGAUCUGAACUAAAAUUAAAAGAUAUACAGAGAUAAAGCUCAUUAGAUGUUUAGAAGGAAUUAGUAAUUUAGUAAAAUACUCAAAAUUUAAUAAACUACAUAAAAUUAAUGCAAGAAAGCAAGCUAAUAAAUCCUAUUAUUGAAAAUAGAAACAAUAAUAUGGCUGAUAUUAAUAAGAAGAAAAAGACUUUCAUAAAUCAAAAUGGUACAGUCUUUAACAACAGUGAUAUUGAAAUUAAAUCUCUAAACGUAAAAGAUGAAAAAGCGUAUUAGGGUAAUAAUUUUCCUUAAGGUAGAAAGCAGAAAUCUAUAACUAGCUUAAUUAAAAAAUCUGAUAGAUAAAUAUUUAUUAAAGGUAAGACUACAAUUCCUAGUGAAAAAAGUUACUUUUUCCCAAUUAGGGAGAAUAUAUUUGUGAGGAAUACUAAUGAUUUAGACAUUAAUUUACUCAUAUAUAGAAAGUAACUUUUAUGGAGCUCUGAUAUACUAAAACAAGUUUAAGGGUAACCUUGA